AUGGCUUCAAUCGUAUCAACUGAGUUCAAUACACACCACCGUAUGCUUUUAACUGCAAGCGUAGAUAGUACUAUGGCUUUUUUCAAGGUUGAUGGCUCGGAAAAUGCACUACUGCGUGAUCGUGUGUAUGAAAACUUUUCUCUUUCCUCAGCUAAGUUUACAGCUUACGGUGAUAAAGUUAUUUUUACCGGGAAUGUUGGCUCGUUUCGUAUUUAUAAUUUAGAAACUGGAAAUGAAAGUCGUGCAAGACGAUUUAUUGGUUCAUCAACAGACGAAACAAUCACUAAAUGUUUUAUUUCACCAGUUCAUCCAAAUUUGGUAGCCCUGGGAACCAAUGGAAGUGCUGUGUAUCUGGCCGAUUUACGAAGUUUAGAAAAAAUUUCAGUUAUGAGAGCAAGUGCUGAAGGUUCUAUCUAUGUAUUUGAUCUACGAGUUAAUAAAGCUAGAAUUAUUCAUCGUUGGUUUGAUCAAGCCAGUACAAAUGGUUUAUCUAUCACUUCUUCACCUAAUUCACAAUGGAUUGCUUGUGGGGCAGAUAGCGGUUAUGUAAAUGUUUACAAAUGGUCAUCUACGAUGAAUACAGAGAAUCCACUACCUGAUAAAGCUAUUGGUAAUUUAGUUACCGGUGUUAAUUCGCUUUGCUUUCAUCCCUCUAAUGAAAUUCUUUGUCUGGCUUCUUCACAACGUCCGGAUGCUGUUCGACUUUAUGAUGUAAACGAAAGUAUAAUCUUUGAAAACUUUCCCGCUCGUGUUGGUACUUUAAACAAACCCACAUCAAUUGGAUUUAGUCCUGGUGGGCGAUUUCUUUGUGUUGGACAAUGUAAUGGUCGCGCUGCUCUUUACGCUUUGAGUCAUUACAACGACUAUUGA